GACUGCGACGAUCAGUUCAUUUACAGUUUUUCGCUGUUGAACAACAAUCUUAGUGCCAGUGCCAGCGCCUCGCUUCCAAGCCAAUAUUCAAACCGAUUCCAAAACCGACACGAUCCGAUCCGAUCCUCAGCCUUUUCGUGAAUAGCCAGUGACGCGUACCGAGCUCAAGCCGCAGCGAGACAGACCGAAGCCUCCAUUGACACACCUUGACUUGUGAAUUGUAAUGUCGAUGAACCGUGCGUAUUCAAACGAGUGCCGCAACAACCAAACCACCUCAACAGCACUGUCACUGCCACUACCACAGCAAUUGAAGAAGUCCAUAGCUAUAUCGAUUGAUAUAUAGAAAGAUCCACUGAUUUCGAUCGAAUGUGCCAAAGCCGUCAGCUCGACAUUCGCUACGCCGAAUAUCAUUGAAAGCCAGCCACCAAGACGCUGCCUCCUCUCCAAUCCCUCCCCAAACGCGUGCGUGUGUGUCCUUCGUCUCCAGCUAGACCAUUAGCCGAUCUGCAGCCACCGCAUCCGAAUCUGCAGCGUGCGCGAUAAAGCCACAGUCAAGAUUCCGCCAACACUGAGCUGCACGACCACCAAGACGGCAUCCAUCGCCGGACCUAUGUCAGUGCUAAGCCAAUUGCUGCUGAACUUCAAUCAGAAAACCCAAACGAGAAGCCACCACAAUAUAGAGUUGAUAAAUUCGUUCAUAACAUAACGACAAGCGGAUCUCUUCUGACUGCCGAAAGAGACCCAAAGCAAUCGCGACCGCCUGUUCUUAUAUAUUAAACGUUAGGGAGAAAUUUGCAAACAUUUUUUACCGGAAGAGAAAAAA